AAUUGAAUGAGAAAUGGAAAUCCAGAUCGCAGAGUAGUCGAGAGGCCAAUCCGUGAAGACGAUUCAUCACUCAUAGCUCAAGUUUUUCAACGAUGAGGAAGUGGACGAUCCCUUCCGUUCUGUUGCUCCUUUGUCUUCUCUCUCUUCUUCCAGAUCAAGGUAGGAAGUUACAUGCGAAUGCAGAAGAUGAUUCCGAUGAACUGGUAAAUCCACCGAAGGUUGAAGAGAAGAUCGGUGCUGUUCCAAAUGGUUUAUCUACCGAUUCUGAUGUGGCUAAGAGGGAAGCUGAGUCGAUGUCGAAGAGAUCACUCCGCAGUAAUGCAGAGAAGUUUGAAUUUCAGGCUGAGGUGUCUCGGCUUAUGGACAUUAUUAUCAACUCACUUUACAGCAAUAAAGAUAUUUUCUUGAGGGAGUUAAUCUCCAAUGCUUCUGAUGCACUGGAUAAGAUUAGGUUCCUGUCACUCACAGAUAAGGAGAUCUUGGGUGAAGGUGAUAAUGCUAAGCUUGACAUUGAGAUUAAAUUAAACAAAGAAAAAAAGAUCAUAUCCAUUCGUGAUCGAGGUAUAGGUAUGACAAAGGAGGAUUUGAUCAAGAACUUGGGAACAAUAGCUAAAUCUGGAACUUCAGCUUUUGUGGAGAAAAUGCAGACAAGUGGAGACCUUAAUCUCAUUGGGCAGUUUGGUGUUGGGUUCUACUCUGUUUAUCUUGUUGCUGACUACGUUGAAGUCAUCAGCAAACAUAAUGAAGAUAAACAGUAUGUUUGGGAAUCAAAGGCUGAUGGGGCAUUUGCAAUUUCUGAGGAUACGUGGAAUGAACCACUUGGCCGUGGAACUGAAAUCAGAUUGCAUCUCAGAGAAGAAGCUGGAGAAUAUCUGGAGGAGAGCAAACUAAAGGAAUUGGUGAAGAGGUAUUCCGAGUUCAUCAACUUUCCCAUAUACCUCUGGGCAACUAAAGAGGUUGAUGUGGAGGUUCCUGCAGAUGAAGAUGAAUCAAAUGAUGAAGAGGAAACAUCUGAAAGCAGUUCCGAGGAAGAAAAGGAAGAUGAAGAGAAAGAGGAAGACGAAGAAGGUGAUAAAAAACCGAAGACUAAAAAAGUCAAGGAAACAACUUCUGAAUGGGAGCUUUUGAAUGAUGUGAAAGCUAUAUGGUUACGGAAUCCAAAGGAGGUGACAGAUGAAGAGUACACGAAAUUCUACCAUUCUUUAGCCAAGGACUUGAGUGAUGAGAAGCCCCUAGCAUGGAGUCACUUUACUGCUGAAGGAGAUGUAGAGUUUAAGGCUGUACUAUUUGUGCCUCCAAAGGCUCCUCAUGAUUUGUAUGAAAGCUACUAUAACGCGAAUAAAUCAAAUUUGAAGUUGUACGUCAGACGGGUCUUCAUCUCAGAUGAAUUUGAUGAGCUUUUGCCCAAGUAUCUAAACUUCUUGAAGGGACUUGUUGAUUCUGACACCUUACCCCUGAAUGUCUCACGAGAAAUGCUUCAACAACACAGCAGCUUGAAAACAAUCAAGAAGAAACUAAUCCGGAAGGCCCUUGAUAUGAUCCGCAGGAUUGCUGAAGAGGAUCCUGAUGAAACUGACAAAAACAAGAAAGAUAUUGAGGAAUCCGGUGACGACGAUGAGAAGAAAGGUCAAUAUACAAAGUUCUGGAAUGAGUUUGGCAAGUCAAUUAAACUUGGUAUUAUUGAGGAUGCGACUAACAGAAAUCGCUUGGCAAAACUUCUCAGAUUUGAGAGUACGAAGUCUGGUGGCAAAUUAACUUCACUAGACCAGUACAUUUCAAGGAUGAAAAAGGGGCAGAAGGACAUCUUUUACAUUACAGGAACCACCAAGGAGCAAUUGGAGAAAUCUCCAUUCCUUGAGAGGCUUACCAAGAAAAAUUACGAGGUUAUUUACUUCACGGAUCCUGUGGAUGAGUACCUGAUGCAAUACCUGAUGGAUUAUGAAGAGUACAAGUUCCAGAAUGUGUCCAAGGAGGGCCUAAAGCUGGGUAAGGAUUCCAAAGACAAGGAAUUGAAGGAGUCAUUCAAGGAGUUGACCAAAUGGUGGAAGGGUGCUCUUGCUGUUGAGAAUGUGGAUGAUGUGAAGCUAAGCAACCGUCUUGCUGACACCCCUUGUGUGGUUGUGACAUCAAAAUAUGGCUGGAGUGCAAAUAUGGAGAGGAUUAUGCAAUCACAAACUCUAUCCGAUGCCAACAAGCAGGCGUAUAUGCGAGGCAAGAGGGUGCUCGAGAUCAACCCAAGGCAUCCAAUUAUCAAGGAGCUUCGGGAGAGAGUUGUAAAGGACCCUGAGGAUGCAAGUGUAAAGCAGACAGCACAGCUCAUGUACCAAACAGCCCUGAUGGAGAGUGGCUUCGUUAAUAAUGACCCGAAGGACUUUGCUUCCCGUAUCUACGACUCAGUGAAGGCUAGUCUAAACAUCAGUCCCGAUACAGCUGUUGAGGAGGAAGAUGAUGUGGAAGAACCCGAGGCUGAAUCUGAGACAAAGGAAGAAGCAGCAGCAGCUUCUGAUUCCAAGGCUGAUGAAGCUGAUGAUGACUCCGAUUCUGGUUUCAAGGAUGAGUUGUAGAGAGAUUGUUUGAAAGAAUUGAGUCGGUUUUCUCAUGUCAGGACGGAGUAUUUUUCUGUUUUUCCAGUCUUCAUUAAGGGAGAAUCACUGCAUACUGCAUGUAGGCUCACUCGUGACGAUGCAGGAGUGUCAAAUCAUAGAUAGCUUUAAAAACAUAACCACUAGAAUUUUUGGCAGCUGCAUUUUUCUUUUAUUAGAAGUUAAAAUGGACCGUUGUCUUUGUACUUUGUAUGCGAAGCAGAUUAAUGUAUGAUUGUCUCAUCUUUCGUUACUUGA